CGCCACAAGGGUUCUCUAACUGGGACACUCGCCAAUCACUGAUUGAAACAGGGAUAUGUAUUUCUCCUUCAAGAAGGAUAUUUUCUACUCGUUGGUGACCCCUUGAUUUGCCUACAAUGCGUACUUAAAAAAAAGCUUUUAACUUCUUGAUUUUUGUUUUGGAAUUGUGCUUGUGGGAAGGGGAACAGCCACGAUGCCUUCGUUGAUACUGUUGGUGGGCUUCCUCUAUCUAAUUUACACCUCGGUCACUACCUUCAUCAACCUCUUCCGCAACAUCCAAAAAGCCAGAAGCUCAGGAAUCGUGUACGUCGUUGUCCCAGUCUACUAUCUCAACAGAUUCUGGCUCGUCACUCACCGGCUCUAUCUCCCUUUGCUGGCCAAACUGCCUCGGAGAUGGACGUGGUGGGUGGACUUUUGCCUGCCGGACUUCAACUUCAAUUACAGCAUCGAAGUCUUUCAGCGGAUGGGACAUGAUACGUUUCUGCUGGUGUCGCCGGGGGGCAUCAUCAUGCACACGGCCGAUCCUGCGGUCAUCCACCAGAUCACCACACGGAGGAACGACUUUCCAAAGCCUACGGCCAUUUACCGGUCCCUGGAUAUCUACGGCAAAAAUGUGGUGUCCACCGAAGGUUCCAUGUGGCGCCAGCAUCGCAAAGCGACGAGCCCACCAUUCACGGAGAAGAACAAUCAUCUUGUUUGGGCUGAGAGCAUAGAUCUCGCCAAUGCGAUGCUGUCCUCCUGGGUCGGCCCCGAUGGCAAGGGCGGCCAGACUGUCGACCGAGUCAUGGAUGACACGAUGCGACUAAGUCUAUAUGUCAUCAGUCGAGCAGGCUUUGGUCGCAAGUUGGAAUGGCCCUCUGCAGAUGCAAAGGCUGAUAUCGACAUCAACUACAACGACGCCUCGAAGAUACAAAACCAAAAGGACGAUCGAGAUGGAGGGCACUCCAUGAGCUAUACCUACGCUAUCCACUGCUUGCUGGAUAAUAUUCUCUUUCAGUUUCUACUGCCUCGGUGGGUGAUGGCACGUAUACCGAUCAAACUGCUUCAAAAGGCCAACGAAGCCUAUCUGGAAUGGGGCAACUAUAUGAGAGAAGCCGUCAUGUCCAAGAAGGAAAAACUCAAAGCAGGUGAGGAGACCAAAGACCAGAUGGACAUUUUGAGCCAACUGGUGAAGAAUCAAAUGAACGACUCGAGCAAAGACAUUCCUCUCACAGAUUCAGAAGUGCUCGGAAACAUGUUCGUUCUCAUCCUCGCCGGUCAUGAGACUGCGGCAAAUUCGAUUCAUUUCUCCCUGCUCUUCCUAGCCCUGUUUCCUCAAACUCAAAGGGCAGUGCAGAAAGAUCUUGAUCGGAUUUUCGAGGGCAGGCCUCCUUCACAAUGGGACUAUGACCGAGAUCUGCCCUCACUCUUUGGCGGCAUGGUCGGUGCCGUGCUCGCCGAAGAGUUGCGACUUGUUCCACCGGUCAUCGGUAUUCCGAAAUCUACCUGGGGUGUUACUGACCAACCUAUCAGCAUUGAAGGCAAGCAGUGUACGGUGCCUGGAGGUAUCUACAUCAGUCUGGCCACCACCAAUGUACAGAAGAAUCCGAAAUACUGGCCCACCAACAAGCCGACAUUGCCUGGCGGCAGACCCGUCCACCCGGUAGCAAAUAUUGACAACGAUCUAGAAGAAUUCCGACCGGAGCGAUGGCUACUAGAUGAGGAUGGAGAGGUGUCAACGACUGCGGCCAGCGAGAAGAAGGAGAUGCCCAACGAGGCUGUCACGUCGGACGGAUUAGGUAUCAACGAGGCUGCCGAUACGUCAGACCGGCUCUUCAAGCCCGCGAGAGGCGCCUAUAUUCCCUUCAGCGACGGGUAUCGGGCAUGCCUAGGACGGAGGUUUGCUCAAGUCGAAGUCCUAGCUGUGCUGGCGGUACUACUGCAGAGGUACUCAGUGGAACUCGCCGUCGACCGAUGGGCGAGUGACGAGGAAGUCAUCGCGAUGAAUGAGAAUGACCGGGUAGAUGUAUGGCAGAAGGCUGCUAAUCGGGCGAGAGAUCUCAUGCUGAACGGUCUGAGUGUGAUGAUCUCGCUGCAGAUGAGAAAAGGGACGGUGCCACUUCGAUUUGUGCCGAGGGGAAAGGAGAGGUUCCCUGAUGAUGCAGACCAACAAUGGAAGGACAAGCAUCCUGACUUGCUCGUGGGAGCAAAGCCUGUCUCUGAUUACAGGUGUUGGGGAUGAUCUUCAACGUGGUCAGUAUUUCUGGUCCUAGACAUGGUACGAAGUAGUAGGCAAGUCACUCGAGGCAGUGCACCAAACCCCAUCGAUUUUU